CUGCGGCACAUCUGGCGACAUCACUACUUGAGGAACAUUUCUGGGCUGUUUGCAAGAACAAUGGCGUCGGGAGAGGAAGAACCUUCGCGGUCAAGAGAAGGGUACGAGGCGCGACAACAGGAUUCUACUGUGCUCCACAUUCAAGAAAUCUCUCUCGCAAGUGGACAAAAUGCGUGCAUGUAGAGAAAUUUCAUCAACAGGAGCAAAAAUUUACUUUUGUUGGAGACUACAAGGCAGAUUAUGAUUUCAUUAUAAGCAGCUGGUGGCAAACCUCCUGGAGUCCUACAAAGCCCUUGGCUGCAAUACAGGCAACAAUUCCACCAGGAUAUCAGUGAUGGAGAAAAGAUGUCAGGGAAAGUGGACUCUGUGGAAUGCUUGCUGACUACAGUUGGAAUGUGCUCAGGGAUCACCGUGCUGCUGCGUAGAAGAGACCAGCCAAAGAUACUGAAUAUUGGGAACUUUGUUGUUUUAAAGGGGAAGUGCACUUUUUUAUUAUUUUGCCCAUCAUUCCCAAUCUUUAUGUGAAACAUGAACACUUAUUUCUCUCCCUUAUUAUAACGAGACAAUUAGUUAAUUUCAGCUACAUACAUCUAUUUAGACUAUAAAGCCCUCUAAAAAACACUCUAACAACGUUGCAUGGUUUGAUAUCCAUGCUGUGAUCAUGCAGUAACACGUACACUGAUGUAAUAGUUACAGUAUCUCGCCCUAUUUUCAUGAUUUAAAACACCAACCAAACUUCUUUGCUCAUAAACACCUUGGAAAGAGACUUGCAUGUUAGCACAGGGCUAGUUCCUUGUUGCGCUGACAUGCAAUGAAGCAUUACCGGCACCGACUAGUGGCUGGUGGGGGACACUACAUAUCAACAUGUGCGUCUUUGAAGGCGUCUCCUGAAUGCCCAAUGUUUAGAUUUGACAUCAUUCAGCCAUUUUUACACUUGAAAAUGCUUAAGUCAUUUACCGAUACGUUUUUUUCAAACCGGCCACUCACCUUUACGUUUUUUUGCACAAGACGCACAAAGAGGUGAUGAUGCAACUCCAUGAUAGAAACCACCAUAUGAUGCACUUUUAAGCCAGAAAAACAUCCACAAGGUGGCGGAGGUGCCACCAGGAAGUGGAAAAGGGUCUAUCUAAGUACUAUCUAAAGAUAGUACUUGAGGGCCACCAUAUGUUUUCAGGACCACCGACUGACUCUGUCAGCCUGAUCAAAACAAUGAUAACCCUGAAAAAGCCAAUUGUACUUGAAAAGUGUGAAAUGGUAGAAGAUGCUUCGAUAGUGUAUGGUUUUCAUGGGCGUGACCGUAUGGAUGAUCUCACAUUUAACCACAGUUUUUAAUUCAAGCUAUCCUUUGUGUCCUGCAGAUGUCCAGCAGUUCUUUGCUCUUAAAGAAGAGCCUCCCCCUCAGCCUCAGUGGGGGAGCUCCAAACUGGAGCUACAGCCCCCCCAUGUUAAAAAGGAAGAGGACGAGCUCUGGAUCACCCAGGAGGGAGAGCGUCCUCUCGAGCUGGAGGAGCCUGAUCUCGCCAAGAUGCCGCUGAUUGUUGUGUCUGUGAAGACUAAAGCCCAUGACGACGAACCUGAAGACAGGGACGACUCCCAAAAACCUUUGAGCAGCGACACAGACCUCCAAGAUGCCCAGCAGCCAGUCAGUCAUCAAGAAGAACCUAAGCGGCAGUGGGGGUGCUCCACUUUGAAACAGGAGGAGCCACAGCCCCCCCAUGUUAAAAAGGAAGAGGAUGAACUGUGGAUCAGUCAAGGGCCGGAGGAGGCUGAUCUUGCCAAGUUAAAACUGAUUGUUGUGUCAGUGAAGACCGAAGACCAUGAAGACAAACACUUCUUAGACCUUCAUCCUGAGGCUGAAGACGGGGAUGACACCCCAAAAGCCUUGAGCAGCAAUACAGACCGUGAAGACGUCCAGCAGCAGAUUGGUUGUCAAGAAGAACCUCGGCCGCGGUGGGUGAGCUCCACUUGGAAACAUGAGGAGCCACAGCCCCCCCACGUUAAAAAGGAAGAGGAGGAACCCUGGACCUCAUCACCUCCAAACAGCAGCUCACUACAACAUGUAACAGAAGCUGAUGUAGAACACUGUGGAGGAUCACGAGCAGACCCCCUCCUAGCUCCACUAUCGGAUAGAGACAGCACAAGCUCGCGCUCUACUGGAGGUGAAGGCAGGGAAGACACCCAAGAACCACUGAGUAACCGUACAGACUGUCAAGGUAACGUGCGGACUCCCACUGCCAAUGAACGCUCUGAAUCCUCUCAAACAAAGAAGACAAGCAAAAAAAGUUUUACCUGCUCAGUUUGUGCUAAAAGCUUUUCUUUCAAGUGUGGACUUGCGAUACACAUGAGAAGGCACACGGGGGAUAAACCUUUUGAUUGCUCCGUUUGUGGUCGUGCAUUUUCUCAGAAGUCUGUUUUAAAGAGUCACAUGAGAGCACACACCGGAGUAAAACCUUUUGGUUGCUCCGUUUGUGGUGCCGCAUUUUCUGAGAAGUACACUUUAAAGAUUCACAUGAGAACACACACAGGGGAAAAACCUUUCAGCUGCUCAGUUUGUGGCGCCUCAUUUUCUCGGAAGUCCAAUUUAAAGAGUCACAUGAGAACACACACUGGAGUAAAACCUGUUAGUUGCUCAGUCUGUGGCAAAGGAUUGAACACCAAGCAUAAUUUGGUCACACACAUGAGAACACACACGGGAGAAAAACCCUUUAGUUGCUCAGUUUGUGGGAAAGGAGUCACCACCAAGCAUAAUUUAGUCAUACACAUGAGAACACACACACAAGAGAAACCUUUUAGUUGCUCAGUUUGUGGUAAAGGAUUGUCUAGUCAGCAAUGUUUGGUCUCACACAUGAGAACACACACAGGAGAGACUCCGUUUAGUUGCUCAGUUUGUGGUGCCGCAUUUUCUCUGAAGGCCACUUUAACGAGUCACAUGACAAUGCACACAGGAGAGAAACCUUUUAGUUGCUCAGUUUGUGACGCUGCAUUUUCUCAGAAGUCCCAUUUCAAUUGUCACAUGAGAACACACAAGAGAAAAACCUGUUAGUUGCUCAUUUGAAUUGUUUAGCCAACACUAUUUGGUAAGACAGUGGGAGCCCAUUCAUGAGCCCACAUGGGAAAAACCUUACAGUUGCUCUGUUUGUCAAUGACUUGGAAGCAAGUUUGGUAAGAUACAUGACAACACACACGGGGGAAAAAGGUUCAUUGAAACAACCAAUGUGAUGAAACAGCUGACAAUACUUGACACAUGAGAAAAACCUUUCAGUUGCUCUGUUUGCACUGUAGCCUCAAAGAGACGCACAUUAUACAGAGAGGGUAAAAAACCUUCGGCUGCUCAGUGUGCGGUAAACAUGAUCUGAAAGGCCACAUGAGGACCCAGAGGUGAAAAUGCUGCUCUAAAAGGUUGAUUCCCCGGGUAUACUUUUGUUAUCACAAUGAUACACAAUUAAGUUGUAAGUUGAUGUCACUAAUUGUUAAUUGCGUAACCAUAUGUACUGUAUUUUUCACAGGAUAUUGUGUGUGGAAAGUUCUAUUUCCUGGGUAGUCUUUGUCUACUACCUUUUUGUAACCGUUUGGCAGAAUAAAGAUUGGUGAAACAUUCCUAUUUCGUGU